ACUUAAAUCGGUUUGUUAUACAGUAGGCACCUGUGUGUGAUCUUCAGAGACCGACACUUUGGAACAGAUGCACUUGUUUACCUGUUUGAGGAGGUGAUCCAGCGGAAGGAGAACUGUCAGAGAAUAAAAACAUAAAGCUGGUAAAUCUACUUCAGUGAUCUGGGUGAUGAUGGAUCCUGCAGCAAAGCAGAAAGUGAUUUACAUCACCUACCUCAUAGCGGCUCUGGAAAUCACCUGGAUGUUCCUCCAGUUCUCCAUAACACCGUAUUUGGCGAGGAGGCUCGGGUUCGACACUAUUUGGUUCGGGUAUCUGCAGACUACAGUCGGAGUGAUUCAGCUGCUUGGAGGCCCCAUUUAUGGAAGGUUUGCAGAUAUAUUCGGAGCCCGUGCUGCUCUUUCUGUGUCUUGUGGAGCAUCAGUCUUUUAUUUCCUACUGUUGACUGUGGCAGACAGCCCGUUUAUGCUUUUUGUGCAUAAACUACCUGCUGUUUUCAUGCACGCCCUACCAGGAGCUCAGAUGGUGGUAGCAGAUCUGUCAGAAAAGGAGAAACGUGCGGAGGCUCUUGGGAAACUGGGCCUCUGCUUUGGCAUUGGCAUGAUUGCAGGAUCAUCUCUUGGCGGGACCCUCAGCACACGCUUUGGUGAAAGGUUUGCAGCAUCUUUUGGGGCUGUCGGGAGUUUUGUUUCUUUGAUGUUGGUGUUGAACUUCAUUCCUAAACAGACAAAAACACAAACCACUCCGGAGAGUGACGAGAAGGGCUCAUCAAAGUCUGUGUUUAAUAUGGGGGAAAUCACUAGAUUGAUGAAGUUUCCAGGUGUUGCAAAGACUUUUACGGUGAAGAUUAUAUCUGGAUUGCCGACAGGUAUAUUUCAAGUUAUGUUUUCCAUCAUUGCCAUGAACUUCUUCCAACUGAAGGCAGAGCAGAAUGGCUAUUUGAUGGCUUACUUCGGUAUAGUGCAAAUGGUGAUCCAAGGGGCUGUAAUCGGGCGUCUGACGUCUAGCUUUUCAGAGAAUUCUUUACUGCUGCUAUCUGUUGGGGUUUCUAGUCUAGUGGGCCUUGCACAGGCAUUGAUGACAAAUGUGUUUCAGUUUUGCUUCAUCGUUAUACCAAUGAUGUUUUCUCUAAGUGUCUUCAAUGUCAUCACAGACAGCAUGCUGACCAAGAGUGUGUCUCCGGCUGACACAGGAACCAUGCUGGGUCUGUGUGCGUCGGUCCAGUCUCUUUUGCGCACUGUGGGCCCAACCAUUGGAGGAUUCCUCUACGAGACAUACGGUGUGCCAUCCUUCGGAUACAUCCAGUGUGUCAUCAACGCUGCUGUCUUUGGCCUCCUUCUAACCACUGGAGGGCGCUCACAGACACAUAGACCUUAAAAACUGUGAAAAGAGUUGUUUAUCAGUAUCUUGUUCCUCACCACAUUGUGUGAAAGAGGGCAGUUUAAAACAAACCAUGGGCAUUCAAACCUCCUCACACACUGCGAAGGAAUUUCGCAGCAAAUGACCCAGCUGAUGACGGUCUUGGAAACACUACAAAUGUCAUUGUUACUAUCAAAUUGCUCAUUAGCCUAUAUCUCAAGUCAGCUCAGGAUUGUUUUUGAUGAAAUUGAAAAUUGACUUUGCAUAUAAAUGUUUACGUAGGUCAGUGCAAAAGAGUGCAGUGAGGGUUUUAGCUACUUGUUUAAACAAUUCAAUAUACAGUUAGUUAUUCAUUCUAUUGCUGCUGGGGUCAGAUUAUGUCAUGUAAAAUGUCAUGCAGAAUUUAAAAUCUAUAAUCAGAUAUAAUUUUAUAUGAAACCCCUCAAAUGAUAUUACAAUAUUACAAUAAAUUUGGUCCUCUUGAUUGA